AUGGUAACCAAGAAAUGUGCCAACAGUGCCCUGAGCUACUGCGCCAUGAUGAUACCAGGCAUGCCGCAGACCCAGGAAAGGAGGCACACGCAGCUGGGCUGGACUCCCGGUCAGGAAGCUGGCUCUCAGUCCUCUUCGCCCACCUCCCUAGGCCCUCAGCUCCCUGUAACCCACAGUCCCCAGCAGCAGCUGAGCGUGCCGGCUGUCCCGGUCCCUACUCGGGUGCGGCGGCGCGAAGGCGGGCGGUGGGUCCGGGAGGUCCGGGAGGUCCGGACCGUGGUCCGCGCGGACGGCCUGAGGCUGCGGCGUGGGGCGUGGGGAGGGAGGCUUCGGGUUCGCUCGGGGCCCGCUCAGGCCGCCCCUCCUCCCCCGCCACCCCGGCGGGGGCCGAGUCGACACCGAAUGGGGGCGCCUCUGGAGGGCCCCGAGCGAACGCGCAGGAAGUGCGGCGUUUUGGGGGGAAGCCGCGCUCGCCGCGGGGUCUCCGUCCUCGUAGGCGCCGAGGCGGCUCGACCGCUUCUCGGAGGCUCUGCUGGAACAAAGCAACUUCACGGAGGCAGGAAGGACAGGGCCGCAGGCGCAGGAAUCCCGCCGGGAAGAACGCAUCAGAGCCCGUCGGAGCCUCAGAAGAGAAAGACGGAAGAAACGCGGAAAAGAAGCAAAGCGGGGCAGGGCUCCGGGGAUUUCACCGCAUUCAGAUGCUGUACGCCUUCCCAGGUUUUGAUGCUCUUCCGAGUACAACGGAAAAUGAACAAAUCCCGGAAAUGCGGUGGUCUGGGAUCCGUGUCGUUCAAGGACGUGACUGUGGACUUUACCCGGGAUGAGUGGCUACAACUGACAGGCACGCAGAGGACGCUGUACUGGGACGUGAUGCUGGAGAACUACAGCCACCUGGUCUCAGUGGGGUGUCACCUCACCAAACCAGAGGUGAUCUUCAAGUUGGAGCAAGGAGAAGAGCUGUGGCCAUCAAGGGGAGAAUCCCCAGAUCAGGGUGAUCAAGUAGACUUAAUUUUUCUUUAUGACCUUAUAGACAGAAGCCAGGAAAACCAAGAUAAAUGUUUGUGGCGAGUUUCACUCAUUAACAAAAAAUCUCUGACUAAGAAGAGAGAGAACGUUUGCAGAAAAACACCCUGUGAGUAUGACUCAUGUGGAAAGAGUUUGAAAAAUGUUUCAGAAUCUGUUAUUAGUGAUAAAAGUCAUUCAAGUAGGAACUCUGAUGAAAUUACUGCAUGUGAGAAAUUUCUUUUUGAUAAUAAUCAAGAAAAUAUUCCUACUGGGAAGAAAUCUGACGCACAUAGCCAAGACAGGAAAUCCCUCAGUCAGACUCAGGACCUUACUGAGCAACACAAAAUUCAAACUUUGGGACUACUUUUUGAAGAUGACGAAUGUGGAGAAACCUUCCUUAGUAAGUCAGCCAUCAUUCCACCUACAAGGGCUCAAACAGAAGAGAAAUCCCCUGAUUGUACAGAACAUGGGGGAAAUAUCAGUGAUGAGUCAGCCCGCCAAGUCCUUCAGGAAACUCACACAAGGAAGAGUCACUCUGAGGUCAAAGAGUGUGAGAAGUCAGCCCUCUUAAAACAUCAGAAAGUUAACGUGGAGGAGAAAACCCAAGAAUCUAAUGAAAAUGAGAAUAACUUCAGCAAGAAGUCCCAUCUCACUCAACCUCCUGCAACUCACACGGGAGAGAAAACCUUUGAAUGUAGUCACUGUGGGAAGUGUUUUUAUCAGGAGUCUCCCCUGACUCAGCACCAGAAGGUACACACAGGAGAGAAACCAUGUGAAAGUAAUAAAUGUGGGAAAACUUUUCAGAAAUCACAACCCACAGACCCUCUGGGAUCUCACCCAGGAGAGAAGCCUAGUGAGUGUGACACAGCCCCCGUUCAAUUGGCCCCUCCUGGUCAGCAGAGGACACAGUCAGAAAGGAGGCUGUAUGUGUGCAGUGAGUGCAACAAGUCUUUUCGUCAUAACUCCGCCCUCAAAGUCCAUCAGAGGAUUCACACAGGAGAGAAGCCCUAUCAGUGUACCGAGUGUGGGAAAUCCUUCUAUGCAAAAUCAAACUUCAAUCAUCAUCAGAGGACUCACACGGGGGAGAAACCCUAUGAAUGUAAGGAAUGUGGGAAAUCCUUCUGUGUGAAAUCGAACUUAACUAAACAUCAGAAAACACAUACGGGGGAGAAACCUUUCAAAUGCAAUGAGUGUGGGAAAACGUUCUUACAGAAGUCACAGUUUGCUGACCAUCAGAGGACACACACAGGGGAGAGACCCUAUGGAUGUAAUGAAUGUGGGAAAUCCUUCUACUAUAAGUCAGCCCUGCACGUACACCAGGGGAAGCAUACAGAAGAGAAACCCUAUAAAUGUGCAGAUUGUGGGAAGUCCUUCUGCUAUAAAUCAGCCCUGAUUAUCCAUCAAGUAUCUCAUACAGGGAAGAAACCCUAUGAGUGUAAGGAAUGUGGGAAAACCUUCUGUGUGAAAUCAAACCUCACUAAACAUCAGAAAAUUCACACCGGUUUGAAACCUUAUGAAUGUAACAAGUGUGGCAAAGCCUUCUCCAUGAAUUCCAUCCUAAUAGUACAUCAAAGAACCCACACGGGGGAGAAACCCUAUGGAUGCAAUGAAUGUGAGAAGUCCUUCUAUAAAAAAUCAGCCCUCACUAAACAUCAGAAAACGCACACAGGGGAGAAACCACAUGAGUGUGACAAAUGUGGGAAGGCCUUCCAUAUGAAGUCAGCCCUCAUCAUACACCAGAGAACUCACACUGGAGAGAAGCCCUUUAAGUGUAAUGAAUGUGAGAAGUCAUUCUAUGUGAAGUCACUUCUUAAUAUUCAUCAGAGAAAUCACACGGGAAAGAAACCCUACGUAUGUAGUGAAUGUGGGAAAGCCUUUUCCAUGAAGUCCAAUCUCACCGAUCAUCAGAGGACACAUUCGGAAGAGAAACCCUAUGAAUGUAACGAAUGUCAGAAGACCUUUCGCCAUAAGUCAACUUUAACUGUACACCAGAGGACUCACACGGGGGAGAAACCCUAUAAAUGUAACGAAUGUGGGAAAUCCUUCUAUAUGAAGUCAGCCCUCAGUCAACACCAGAGAAUACACACGGGGGAAAAACCUUAUGAAUGUGAGAAAUGUGGGAAAACCUUCUUCCAGAAGUCCCACCUCACUAAACAUCAGCGAACACACACAGGGGAGAAACCCUAUGAGUGUAAGGAAUGUAAAAAAACCUUCUUCCAGAAGUCACACCUCAUUGAACACCAGAGAACACACACUGGGGAGAAGCCCCACGAAUGUAACAAAUGUGGGAAAUCUUUCUGUUAUAAGUCAGCCUUAACCAUACAUCAGAGAACUCACACAGAAGAGAAACCUUAUAAAUGCAAUGAAUGUGAGAAAUCUUUCUGUAUGAAAUCACACCUCACUGUCCAUCAGAGAACUCACACAGGGAAGAACCCCUUUGAAUGUAAGGAAUGUGGGAAAACUUUUUAUGUGAAGUCAAACCUCAUUAAUCAUGAGAGAACUCACACAGGGGAGAAGCCCUAUGAGUGUAAGCGAUGUGGGAAGUCCUUCUGUAUGAAGUCGACGCUCACGGUUCACCAGCGCACACACACGGGGGAGAAGCCCUAUGAAUGUAGCAAAUGUGGGAAGUCCUUCUGCAAGAAAUCGACUCUCACAAAGCAUCAGGUAAUUCACACAAGAGAGAUACCCUAAAGAUGCAGCAGAUAUGGAAAACCCUCCUGAGCGAAGUCAAAUUUUGUCACUCCAAGAGAACCCAGGAGAAACCUUAUGACUUUAAUAAUGUGGAGACCCUCUCCUGUGGAAAUUCAGUCUUUAAUUGGCAUCAGAAGACAAGGGGGCGGGGGUUUGUGGGCUCUCUCUGGAAUGAAUGUCGGGGGGGUAUCCAUGUCAUACAGUACUAAAUAUCAAAGAACUCACGUGGAGAGACAGCCCUAACAAUGUCCCGCAUAUUAGCGUCUACCUAUGAAUCUAACCUGUGUCUCAGAGAAAUCAGUCACAGCGCUAAAAUCACAGAGUGCAACAAAAGUAUAAAAGCAUUUACAGAGUCACAGCUUACUGAUCACCAGGUAAUUGAUGCUGGAGUGGAACUAUAUAAAUGUUUUACAUACAUGAAAGUGUUCAAAGAAAAAAAUCAAACUCUGUAGAAGAAAGGAAUUAAUAUUGAGGGGAAUUCUAUCAAUUUGGAAUAUGUGGAUACAUUGUUUUUUCUAGAGAUAAUGUAGCACUAGAAGUCAUAAUCCUGACGUGGUACCAGAUUUUGAAGAUGCUCAUUGUGGGAGUAUGAGGCCUUUGGAAAAGCACAUGGCAGCAGCUGACAGCAUGAGACACUUGAGGUGCCCAAGUAAGGACGGCUUUGUACACACAUGAUGUAUGUUUGCUUUAUGUAGCAGAUGUUGAAAUUGGUGUCUGUAGGAAGUAUCUCCCCAUGGUUUAGUAAUUAUCAGGACAGAUUUCUCACACUAAAUGCCCCCAGUGUGUUUUUGUAUUUUUAUAGUACAAUAUGCAUUAUAAGUGAUACGUUUGACAAAUUUGAAGUACUAUACCCCAACAGACUGUUAAGGAAAGGGAAGUACACUAACACCACAUAUCACGCUACAUUCAGCGUAAGAGUUGGGAAGUAAUUUGCGCGCGCGCGCACACACACACACACACACACACACACACACACUCGCUUAUUUUUGCAAAGGGAAGUACUAGAAGGAUAAACCGUAAACUAAUAAAAUGAAUCGGAGGCAAGAGUGAACAUGCUAGAGUCAGGGAUAGAAGCAACA